GUGUGUAACUGUAAACAAGCCCAGCUUUUGCUCCUCUUUACAGGCCGUGUUGUAGGGCAAUGGCUUCAGACAAUCCAGGGGAAGAGCAAAAGCAAAAGCUUUAAGCUCUAUAUGACCCACCAAUAGGGGUCAUCCCUUGCACGUCAACUGUUUGCUUGACAGGAAAUGGCCCGACACCGUCACCAACAACAACAGCAACAACUGGGUUUCAAUUUUCACUCCAUCUUGAAUCUCCUGUUCACUCCACUCUAUCUUUCCCCUUCUCUCUGCAUUUCCUCACUGUUACUUGGGCUUCUGCGCAAUGGACCGGAAGGACAAGCAGCAUCCGCAGCAGCUCUGCUUGUCCAAAUCCUCAAGGCUUCUUUGCAAUGACUGGAUCUUUUCGGAUGUUCCUAGUGAUUUUACUAUAGAAGUUAGUGGAAGAACAUUUGCGUUACAUAAGUUUCCUCUGGUGUCUAGAAGUGGACGAAUCCGAAAGCUGGUUGCAGAACAUAGAGAUUCUGAUAUUUCAAGGAUAGAGCUCGUUAACUUACCUGGUGGAGCUGAUUCAUUUGAGUUGGCUGCAAAGUUUUGCUAUGGCAUUAACUUUGAGAUUACAUCCUCAAUUGUUGCUCAACUGUGUUGUGUUUCUGAUUACCUGGAAAUGAUUGAGGAAUAUGCAAAAGACAACCUUAGUUGCCGUUCUGAAGCAUAUCUAGAUACUGUUGUAUGCAAGAACCUUGAAAUGUGUGUUGAAGUAUUGCAACAAUGUGAGAAUCUGCUCCCUCUCGCUGAUGAGCUGAAAAUAGUUUGCAGAUGUACUGAUUCUAUAGCUUCCAAGGCAUGUGCAGAGCAGAUAGCCUCUAGCUUCUCACGCUUAGAGUAUAGCAGCUCAGGGAGGCUGCACAUGAACAAGCAGGCCAGCAAAUGUGAAGGAGACUGGUGGAUUGAAGAUCUGUCUGUUCUUCGUAUUGACUUGUAUCAGAGAGUCAUAGCAGCAAUGAGGUGUCGAGGGGUCCGUCCUGAGAGCAUUAGUCUGUCACUUAUAAAUUAUGCCCAAAAGUUUUUGACAAAGAAACCCAGCUUGUGGAAUGCAUCCACCCAGCCAAAAGUUGAUUUGGUUGCCGAUUCUGUUGGCCAUGAGCAAAGACUCAUGGUUGAGACGAUUGUCAGCCUGUUGCCUGUAGAAAAACUUGCUGUCCCGGUUGGUUUUCUUUUUGGGCUUUUACGAACGGCAGUAAUGCUUGAUUGCACAGUGGCUUGCAGGCUUGAUCUUGAGAGGAGGAUUGGGUCACAACUGGAAAUAGCUACGCUUGAUGAUCUUCUGAUUCCAUCUUUCCGACAUGCUGGUGACACUUUAUUUGAUGUUGACACAGUUCACAGAAUCUUAGUAAACUUCUCUCAACAUGAUUACAGUGAGGAUGAUAUGGAAGAUGAAUCUGCUUAUGAAUCUGAUGGCCUUCACUCACCCUCUCAAACUGCGUUGCUCAAAGUUGCAAAACUCAUGGACAAUUACCUUGCUGAAAUUGCUGCUGAUGCAAAUCUUAUGCUCACCAAGUUCAUGGCCAUUGCAGAGUCUCUACCAGCACAUGCGCGCACUAUCCAUGAUGGUCUUUACCGAGCAAUUGACAUUUUUCUCAAGGCUCAUCAGGGUUUAUCAGAUUUGGAGAAAAAGAAGCUCUGCAAACUGAUUGAUUUCCAAAAGCUCUCGCAAGAAGCAGGUGCACAUGCGGCACAAAAUGACCGUCUCCCACUCCAAUCAAUUGUCCAAGUGCUUUAUUUUGAGCAGGUAAGGCUCCGGAAUUCUUUAUGCUGCUCUUAUCCAGAUGACGACCAUAAACCAAUGCACCAGUCAUGGCGGAUCAGCAGUGGUGCACUCAGUGCAACAAUGUCACCCCGAGACAAUUAUGCAUCACUAAGAGGAGAGAACCGAGAGUUGAAACUGGAACUUGCUCGAUUACGGAUGAGACUGAAUGAUCUGGAGAAGGAACACAUUUUUAUGAAAAAGAACAUGGAGAGAUCUAACUCUACCAAGUUUAUGACCUCUUUCUCAAAGAAGAUCAGCAAGCUGAAUCUGUUCGGACAUAGUUCAUCCAGGUCAUCAAGUUCUCCCUCAAAGUAUUCACAAAGAACAGACUCGAGAGUUGGGAGAACAUGAGCAGGCUUCUUAGGAAAGAAACUACUUAUUUGGAACCUUCCUCUCUUUCUGCCAUAUUCACAUUGACCUUUUUACCUCUAUCCACCUUGUUUAUGCGGUGGUGCCUUUAGCUAGAAACCAGUUGGGGCUUGUUUCUGAAAGUGAUGGUUUUUCAUGGGUGCAUCUCUAAAAUCCUUUUUCAUGAUGAAAAAUCUUUUUCCAGACAUGCAGAAAGUAUGAAUGUAUAGCCAUCAUAAGUGAUUGAAUGUUCAAAUUAUAUCAACGUACAGAUUUUCCGCA